AUGGAUAAGCCAAAAAUUGAAAUUUUGGAUCCUGAAGGAUUUGCCGAGGAUCCAUCUUGUCUAACAUUAGUCCUUCGCGAGGAAGAUCAUACAAUCGGUAAUUCCCUCAAGCACAUACUUUGCAGAAUGAAAAAUGUCGAAUUUUGUGGAUAUAAUGUGCCUCACCCUCUCGAAGACAAGAUUCUAUUGAGAUUACAAACCAGAAAAGGUGUACAUGCCGGGCCUAUCUUAUUAGAGGCUCUCACUCAUUUAGAAACAAUAUUUGCGAGUAUUCGAGGGAAAUUUGAAAAGAGUUACGAAGAAUUUUCCAUGAAAAGCGAGGCUUAG